AAAACAUGUAUUAGAGAAGAGCUAAUUAAUACCGAGCUUUUCUAGACCAUUUCUGACGAUGAUGAAAUGGAAGAAAACUAGAGGUAUGCUGGACAGACAGCUAUGUGUUUCAGUAGUUUUGAUGUAUAGAUUAUCACCAGUGCUGACACAAAUUUGUUCAAUUUCAAACUUUGUUGACGAUUGUGGAAAUAAGGGAUUGCUGUGGAACUGCAGUGGAUUAAACAUUUCCAAAAUACCAACAGUGUUACCUCCUGAAUUGGAAAAUAUCAAUGUUAUGCUGGAUUUAUCAGUCAAUCAAUUCACUUCUCUAACAGAAGAUACAUUUGAAGCAAUAGCGACUUCCUCCAAGGUGACGUCUCUCAUUCUUCAUCACAAUAACAUAACCAAAAUUUCAGAGAUGGUCUUUCAAAAAAUGUCAAGCUUAUGCAGUUUGGAUAUUUCUUAUGCACAUCUUAAAGUCAAUGACAUUGAUGUCGAAGCCUUUUCUUAUCUUGACGAACUCCAGUAUCUUCAAAUUCAUCAAAAUGAUUUUCAUGAGGCGAAAAAUCCAAGAUAUCCUGGUAUUCAGCUUUCCAAACUUCGUUCAUUAAAAUAUUUGAAAAUUGAUAUUUUUAAUGGAUUUCAGUUUCAAAAACCGUUUGAAAAUCUUUCCAAUUUAUCCAAAUUAGAAUUCAAUACUCUAGGUGAAUUUAAAAUAACCAAUACUUCUUUCGAGGGUCUUAAGCUCUCCCCACUCCGCAGCCUCGAUAUGUUGUUUAGAAAUCAUGUGGACUGUGACGUUUCGGAAGAUCUAUUUUGCUCGUUUCCGUUCUUAGACACAAAUAUCAGUAUAAGUUUUGGCGGCAAGUGCAGUAUUUAUGCAGCAUUAAGAUCACUCAAAUGUUUACAAUAUCGUGAAAUACAAAAAAUUGAUAUGACUUUAAAUGAUCAAGAAAUAAGAUCAGACAUAGUUAAUAUAAACGAUAUGAGCGUUAAGUACCUUUCCAAUAUCUGCGUGAGUGAGCUAAUAGUGGAUCGGGACGCAAUUAUCUAUCUUAAUAUACAUAUUUACAAAACUAUAAUAUGGCAUUGUUUAAAUAAAUUAAGUCUUAGAGUAAAUCACAUCCAAUAUGUUGCUUUUGAGACAGUAUUAGCUUUUUUAACUUUGCCACGGCUGCAGGAAAUAAAUGCAUGUUGCAAUUCCCGUUUACCUUACAUGGAAUUAUCUAAUAUCUACCGUCGACAAGGAUAUGAAAAUAUUUCCAUCAACAUUAAUCUGCCAAGAAGUCUAAUGCUACUUGACAUCUCUUACAAUUUUAUCCACGAUCAGUAUCCUGUACGAUGGUAUUUACUUGUAACUCUUACAGGGGAAAAUUUGAGCAAACUGUAUCUUCAAAAAACUAGUUUUCCUGUUGAGUAUAAAGACAUCUUUAAUUUUCCGUCCUUAAGAAUCCUUAAUUUAUCUGAAAAUAACUUUGCAAAUAUUCACCCGAAUAUAUUUCAAAGAGUGAGAAAUCUUCGCCAGUUAUUCGCAUCAAAUGUCAACUUAAACUUGAUUAACAGUUUGAUUGCCGAAGGUUUGUUUAAAAAUCUCAAAUGUUUGACAAAACUUGAUCUAUCUCGAAAUGGCUUAGCCUUUUUACCGCAGUCUCUACUAAAAGACCAAAAACAAUCUUUAACAGAAAUUAAUCUAGAUCAUAAUAUGUUUUCUUCCAUCCACGAUUCCUUAAUGCAGUUGGAAAAUUUGAACAAUCUCUAUCUUCGAUACAACUUGAUAUCAAAGAUUUCGGAGAAGGACCAAAGGCUUUUUGAAUCAUUGAACAAUCUAUCAAUCCAUUUAAAAGGAAAUCCAAUUUCCUGCGCAUGCUUAAACAUCCAGUCAUUGAAAUGGAUGAAAAAUCACCAAAUUUCAUUUCCAGAUCUUGGCAAAGUUCUAUGUGUGGGAAACAACCACCAUGUUGGUCAUUUAUUCAACGACGAAAUAUGGCGGAAAUUCGAACUAGACUGCCAGUCAAACGAUUGGCUCAUAUUUUCUAUCGUAUUGCUGUUUCUGACAAUGUUAAUAUUCACAAGUAUUGCUGCUAUCAAAAGAUACCGUGUCCAUCUAGAAUAUGUAAUUCUUAGACUGAAAAAACAAUGGAAAGGUAUACCUUUACGAAAAAGUGAAGACGAGUUUUUGUUUGAUGUGUAUGUAUCAUACAGUGAAUCGGACUACGAAUGGGUCAGAGAUAAACUUCGUCCAAAAUUAGAAGAUUUAAACGUAAAAUCAUGGAUAACAGAUAUAAAUUCCACUCCAGGCCGCUGGGUAUUAGAAGGGAUUGUGAAUCGUAUUAACGAGUGCCGGAAAGUAAUGUUUGUUGUAAGUGAGAGUUUUUUGGACAUGGAGUGGUCUUCAUAUGCUGUUAAAACAGCCAUCACCCAUGCUUUCCAUAAUCAACGACAGGGGUUUAUUGUGGUUUUGAUUAAAGAUGGGAUUGCUCUUGAAAAGCUUCCAGAGGAACUGAAAAACAUAUGGUGGUGCAUUGAAUACUUCAGAUGGCCUGACGAAGAGGAAAGUAACGAAGUUAUACUCAAGAAUCUGACCAAAACACUUAAAUACGAUAUAACUGUUUGAGUGAAAUAUGAUUCGAAUAAACAGAUGAAUCUUUGGGCUAGAUAUUUAUGAAUCGCUUUUAAUUGUAAAUUAUGGGAAUUUUAUUUUCGUUAAUAUGUGUAAGAAUAUAGUAUUUUGUGGGAAAAAACACGAUAUUUAAGACACUAAGUGUGCAGUUGCAAUAUUAUUCGUUUUAGAUCAAACACUAUAUAUAUAUAUAAAUCAAUCAAGGAUUUGUUUAAAAAAUGCAUUGUAAAUUCAACAAAGAAAUCAAUUUCCCGAAUUCAUUACGUGUAUGUCCUAGUUUGGAAAUUAGUCCAUUGAAAAAAUGUUAUCUUUGUCUCAAAGCGGUAACACCGCUUGGUACGGAACGAUCUAUGAUUAAUAUCAAUAAAAAAUGUUAAUUACUUCCGGGAUUUCAGGAUAAGAUAUCUAUUGAAAAAGGGUCUAACAAUUGACGUUAGUAAAUACAUCUAAUACAUAUAUAAACAUCUAAAGAAUAAAUUGUAUUGUUCUGAAUUAAUAUAAAUUUCUUUGUUGAAAAUAUAUAUGUGUUUUGGUAUGCAUUAGCAAUAUUUAGAAAAAAGCCCAAAACUAUUCUGUAAUAUAUAUUUACGAAUAUCUUCUGAAUUUUUUUUAAAAAGGUGGUAUAAUUAUAAACAGUCUUUUGCAGAAAAGAAAUGUCAAUUUCAUAAUUGAAGGUCUUUAAAAAGACAGCAUAUGCUUAUUAAAUAUAGGGGGAAAAAAGAAAAAAAGAUGUGUCUUGCACGUUUCCCUAAAUGUUAUGUACAAUAAUGGCCUUUUUUAAAGACAGUAUUUUGUCAGCUUUUAAGCUAUCUGAAG